AUGGCAUUUUUGGUUCCGUCGCAGGCGGAUGAGCUCAAAGAUGAGGAGGUCGAAGAUGACGAGAAGUCUACACGGCCGCUUCAGGACUCACACCGUCCCAGCAAGCGCAGGAAGACAACAGGGGAUGUCCCCAGCUCCUCUAAUUACAAGACUCAGACCCUCACUCAGCUUUACUCCACUGCCGGCAGUGAAGAAGAGAAGCCCAUAACGAUUAGUGAUUCAGAGGAUGAUGAUGACGACGUUCUGAGCACACAUAGCCCAGUCACCAUCCGAUCAACCCCAACCGCUUAUAGGCGACGUGAGCUGGCUGGAACGCCAUCCGCUGCUCCUCAAACGCCAAGCAACAGGAGGAGUGGCCACCAAUCAAAUCUGUUGAUGCUGUCUCCUAGUGUGAGGAUGCUGAUCAGGAAUAGCAGCCCUGUCGGUCCUCGGAGAUCGCCCUUGAAGGAUAAAUCGACCAACUCUGCCAUCCGGCCAUCCUCACUUGCUAAAUUGAAGAAGCGGAAAAAGGAAAGGGAGAUACCCGAUUCUUAUAGCUCAGAUGCCCUGUCGCCCUUGGCCCCAAGCCAGGCAUCCCCUUCCAAAAGGCGAAGCCCAUUGAAGGAGAUUGAUCUGCCACCACCACCACCUCCACGGUCACAAAAUUCGCCCCGCCGAACCGCCAGCGCAUUGCGUGGGACCGGUCAUAUUUCUUCUACGCCUCGGCCAAAUGCGGCGAGGAGGGCCUCUCGUGCCACAAAUGCCGAGAUCCCUGAUUCUGACGAUGAUCUGCUGAGCGUGGCUUCAACCCCGCGAAGGGGGGAGAACUUGAGUCUGGAACCAGAGACGCCCAUACGGUCAUCGCGCGCUCUAUUUCAGCGACUUGUUGAAAACAAGGAAAACACCAGCCCUGGGCCCUACGUUGACCCUAUUAUUCCUGCUCCUGCGCCACAAAGGGGGCAGUCAGUGGGAGGAACGCGCAGGGAAUCCAGGCCCAGCAUGGGAGCUAGUGAAGAGAGACUGUGCGUCUCGGGCCGGCCCGACUUGCAACAAAGAAGUCUUAUCGCAGAUACUGUUCCUCCGGAUGUUGAGAUUGGUGAUUCGGAUUCGGAUUUAGAUUCAGGGCCCGACAGCCCUUGCCCCCCGUCAAGGUCAUUACCAAGCCAGAAAAGCAUGCAGAGGGUUGUUCUAGGGACAAGCCCUGCUGGGCCACAGUCGCAAGGCUCGAAACGUGGCUUGUUAAACAACGUUGUCAUCGCUUCCAGUUCUGACAUAUCUUCUUCUGCUAUCAAGCCCAGAGCACACCCGGCCGAAAUACCAACUAGUGAUGGUCCUCAAACAACGCCGCUCUCGUCGCCAGAGGACAGAAGUACAGCCAUGGUAUCUGUUAAAGAAGGCUCCAACAAACCAGAGGAAUCUGACUUACCGAUGCUUCCGGAAAAGGUGACACCUCGCCGUCGCAGCCCAGUAAAAGCAAGGAGUACCCAGAGAUACACCCAAGCACACACCCAGGCCUACACCCAGAUGCUGGAAAGCCAGAGAGUGCCUAUGGAGGUUCUUCGACAAAUGGCACCGCAAACAGCACGAUCAGAUAUAAUCGUCACCAUGCACCCGUCCAAGGUGAAGGAGAUCGUCGAUGGCAUCAGAAAUCACGAUUUCAGGACUGUCAAAUUGCCGCGCUCAGUCCAUCGUCUCUGGAUCUACGUUGCUCGCCCGGUCUGCGAACUACGUUAUAUGGCCACUAUUGGCGAACCACGUGAGCCAGGCGAGAUUGAAAGCAAUACAGGGCUGGGAAACGCCGAGUUCAACGAAGGCAAGACCAACGCAAAAUGGGCUUACGAGCUUGAGCAGGUCUAUGUACUCAACAACCCCGUGUCAUUGGAGCGCAUGAAGGAGAAUGGCUGGACCGACAGCAAUGCUAGUCAACGGAACAAAUAUCUUCAGCCAGCGAUUGUAGGCCAGCUACUGUCGAACCUACAAUGCGCUUUGUUCGAUGAUGGACUUGCAGAGCCGGCAACUAUAUCCCAGGAAAUCGAUGCUCAGAUACUCAGUGAUAUUGCCCAUUCGACGCAAAUGGCAGCGACAAAUACUUUAACUGCCGAAGAGGAAGUCGUAGAGUCGAGUCAGUAUGAGCUUCCCGCUGUUACAGUGCCUUCAUCACAAUUGAGACGGAGCGCUCGACUAGCGAUGCCGCCGCCUUCGAGUGUGAACCGUGUAACAUCCCGAAAGCCGGCUCAUCAAAGCAGUCCUAGUCAGUGGGCGGCACACUCGAGGGCGGCGCGGAGCAGGAAGAAUGUCUCUUUUUCCCAGGCAACAACUGCCAGCCAACCGUCUACUCAGCUGCCAAGCACUCAGGCGCAGUCACCUGAAAAGCCCGCGCCAGCUUUGGUCCGGUCAUCGAGCAGCGUCAGUGUGCUUCCAGCCAACCAGGCUGAUAGCAUGCCUGCUAAAGUUCUAGCAUCGGGUAAUGCAACAGGGUCUUCUUCACAGAUUUUCCCCGAGAGCUUGAUUCGGGAUGACGUUCGUCAACCUGCAAUAAUAUUGGACUCGGAAGAUGAGAGUGAGAUGGACGAUGAAGAUUUUUUUUAA